CCCGACGCCAAGUUCGCUGCGAUCCUCAUGUGCAGUGCCAAUGAGGCUACCAAGAUCCUCCGCAAGGAAGUCCACGAUUGCCCGCUCGCCGCAACGCGCACCCUAGUCCAUGGCCUCCACAAAGACACUGGGCUCUUACUUUGUAUAUACCUUUCUAUUCUCAGCUUCUACUGCUCAAUGCUGACUUGGGCGGCAGGCAAGUACACCACCGGUGAUACGCUUCGUGGACCUCAGGGCGAGACAAUUCGAGGUGGAGAAUUCGCCCUUUAUGACUUCAAGAGGCCGACGAAUAAUCCAAGCGAGGCCGAAGACGAUAUGAGAAGUCUGAACCGCACGGAUUUCGCGCCUCCUCGAGGGCCUCGGGUAGACGAAUCCAAUCCUCCUAGAGGUCCUCGAGUGGAUAGAGGGGUGGAGCGGGGUUUGUAUAAGUACCCUCGUACGGAGUCGAUGGGUUGGCCAGUGGAACGCCCGAUCGAGUCUCUCAGCUACGAAAAUGACCGUCUCAACUAUGACGAGUAAUAGUAAGAGCGGGACAGUGGUGAGACUUGGGCUGGUUAAAAUGGGCUGAGCUUCUGGGGAGGACUAUGCACAGGCGGAAUUGCAAUAUACAUUGUCGGAACACUACAAAACAUUUUUCAGAAUCGAUGGACGUGAUACAAUGUACCUGAGAGGUCUCCC